UCUGAUCAGUUGAUCCGAGGUCUGAAAUCAAGGCGCAAAAUGUUGGCCUCAUCUCCCGCUGUCCUGCGAACGGCUGCACUCGGCCGAUGGGGCCCAAAGAGCUGGGCGCGGCUGCCGGGCUGUCCUAAGCUGAGGCCUGCCAACCCGGUCUCGUGGGUUCCUGCUCGGAAGUCGGCGACGGUGACCGUGGAGCCCGCGGGCCGCUGCCUCUGGGACGAGCCCGUGCGCAUCGCCGUGCGCGGCCUGGCCCCGGGGCAGCCGGUCACGCUGCGCGCGUCCCUGCGCGACGAGAAGGGCGCGCUCUUCCGGGCCCACGCGCGCUACCGCGCCGACGCCACGGGCCAGCUGGACCUGGAGCGCGCGCCCGCGCUGGGCGGCAGCUUCGCGGGGCUCGAGCCCAUGGGGCUCCUCUGGGCCCUGGAGCCCGAGAAGCCCCUGCUGCGGCUGGUGAAGCGGGACGUGCAGACGCCGUUCGCCGUGCAGCUGGAGGUGCUCGACGGCCACGAGCCCGAGGCCGGGCGGCUGCUGGGCCGGGCGGUGCACGAGCGCGCCUUCCUGGGGCCCGGGGUGCGGCGGGAGCCGGUGCGCGCGGGCCGGGUGCGCGCCACGCUCUUCCUGCCGCCAGAACCUGGACCCUUUCCUGGGAUUGUGGACGUUUUUGGAGCUGGAGGUGGCCUUCUGGAAUAUCGAGCUAGUCUGCUGGCUGGGAAGGGUUUUGCUGUGAUGGCUCUGGCCUAUUACAACUAUGACGACCUCCCCAAGAGCAUAGAGAGCCUCCACCUGGAGUACUUUGAGGAAGCUGUGAACUGCCUGCUUAGUCACCCUCAGGUAAAGGGUCCAGGAGUUGGGCUGCUUGGCAUUUCCAAAGGGGGCGAUCUCUGCCUCUCCAUGGCCUCAUUCCUGAAGGGCAUCACUGCCACCGUCAUAAUCAAUGGCUCUGUGGCCAACGUUGGAGGCGCCUUGCACUACAAGGGGGAGACUCUGCCCCCUGUAGGCAUCAACCCAAAGCGAGUCAAAGUGACCAGUGAGGGCUUUGCAGACAUUUUGGAUGUCCUCAACAGCCCUUUGGAAGGACCCGACCAGAAGAGCUUCAUUCCUGUGGAAAGGGCUGAGAGUGCCUUCCUGUUCCUUGUAGGUCAGGAUGACCACAACUGGAAGAGUGAAUUCUAUGCCAGUGAGGCCUCUAAACGCUUACAGGCGCAUGGUAAGGAGAGGCAGAUCAUCUGUUACCCAGGGGCGGGGCACUACAUAGAGCCUCCUUACUUCCCCAUGUGCCCGGCUUCCAUGCACACCUUGGUGGGCCGUCCUGUCAUCUGGGGAGGGGAGCCCAGGGCUCAUGCCAUGGCCCAGGUGGAUGCUUGGAAGCAGCUGCAGGCUUUCUUCCACAAACACUUGGGUGGCAAAGAGUUAGGGUGACUCUCCUGAAAAUAUAACCAGUUA